CGAGAGGUUUCGUGCGCGUGCGAGCGGGGGCGCGCCGGAGCCCAGUGGGAACAUGUCGCUGAUGGUGGAGCAAGCGGUCGCCAAUGGAUCUGCACGGUUUGCGGCCAUGGAGCACGCACAAGCAGUGAGCAGGAACUAUUGCUCGCAGCCCAGGCUGACCUAUAAGACUGUGUCUGGUGUAAAUGGACCGUUGGUAAUUUUGGAUGAUGUAAAGUUUCCAAGAUACGCAGAGAUUGUGCAUCUGACACUUCCCGACGGCUCCGUUAGAAGUGGACAGGUUUUGGAAGUCAGUGGCAAUAAGGCCAUAGUACAGGUUUUUGAAGGAACAUCAGGUAUUGAUGUAAGGAAAACAGCCUGCGAGUUUACGGGUGACAUACUUCGCACACCUGUAUCUGAAGAUAUGCUUGGCAGAGUAUUCAAUGGAUCAGGUAAACCUAUUGACAGAGGGCCUACAGUAUUGGCUGAAGAUUUUCUGGAUAUUAUGGGUCAGCCUAUAAAUCCACAGUGUCGUAUAUAUCCAGAAGAAAUGAUCCAGACAGGAAUCGCUGCAAUCGAUGGCAUGAACAGUAUUGCUAGAGGACAAAAAAUACCUAUAUUUUCAGCAGCAGGUUUACCACAUAAUGAGAUUGCUGCCCAGAUCUGCCGUCAAGCUGGCUUAGUUAAAAAAUCCAAAGAUGUUAUGGACUACAGUUCAGUGAAUUUUGCAAUUGUGUUUGCAGCUAUGGGUGUUAAUAUGGAAACAGCAAGAUUCUUUAAGUCUGAUUUUGAAGAAAAUGGAUCAAUGGAUAAUGUUUGUCUGUUUUUGAAUCUUGCAAACGACCCAACCAUUGAACGCAUUAUUACUCCUCGCCUUGCACUGACUGCUGCUGAAUAUCUUGCCUACCAAUGUGAAAAGCACGUGUUGGUUAUUUUAACAGACAUGAGUUCUUAUGCUGAGGCUCUGAGAGAGGUUUCAGCAGCUCGAGAAGAAGUACCUGGGCGUCGAGGUUUUCCUGGUUAUAUGUACACAGAUCUGGCUACUAUCUAUGAACGAGCUGGACGUGUUGCAGGCAGAAAUGGGUCCAUCACACAGAUUCCUAUACUCACCAUGCCAAAUGAUGAUAUUACUCAUCCUAUUCCUGAUUUAACUGGAUACAUCACAGAAGGACAAAUCUAUGUUGACCGUCAGUUACACAAUAGACAGAUCUACCCUCCUAUUAAUGUAUUACCAUCACUAUCUCGAUUAAUGAAGUCUGCCAUAGGGGAAGAUAUGACACGGAAAGAUCAUCCUGAUGUGUCGAAUCAACUGUAUGCUUGCUAUGCCAUUGGCAAAGAUGUCCAGGCAAUGAAGGCUGUGGUUGGUGAGGAAGCUCUCACCCCCGAUGACCUGUUAUAUUUGGAAUUUCUGCAGAAAUUUGAAAAGAACUUCAUUGCACAAGGUGCUUAUGAAAACAGGACCGUAUUUGAAACACUGGAUAUUGGGUGGCAAUUACUCCGGAUUUUCCCUAAGGAAAUGUUGAAACGUAUUCCUCAAAGUAUUCUGGCAGAAUUUUACCCAAGAGAUUCUACCAAGCAUCAGUAAAUCUCUAAAUACAAGAGUAAAACCUUUUUAUUUUACUUUUAAAAGAAACAUUAAGUAUUGGAACAUUAUACACUUUACACACUCCAAUUGAUUACAUAUAUCUGUGUUUGUAUUGUAAAAAAUUAAAAGUUGUAAUGAUCAAACUAUCACUUUGGAGUACGCAAAUUGAAGCUACUUUUUAAAAAAUGUUUACCUGUUUAGCAUGCUGAUGUUCUUAGAAAUGUAUUUACACCUAUUGGUGAUCAAACAACCAUUGAGAAAGGUAAAUUAUCUCACAAAAGUAAAAAUUAGAUAUUCAAAGGGAAUUGCAGAGCCAAUCAAGCCCUGAAAUGGAGGGGGACUAUGUAUAAACAGCACUGUAAUUUCUACACAGUGAAACCAAAAUGUAUAAAAAUGGCCUUUAUUAAAAUCUGACAAUGUGCACUUUAACCACAAGUGAUUUUUUUUUCUAUUACAAAUCUCAAAUUGUGGAGUACGAAGGCAAAUAAAUAACUGAUGGAUCUUUGUCCCAAACAUUAUGGAGGGCACAGUAAAUAAUCAUUAACUAGACCUUUACAGUUAUGAGGUGUGGCCAAAAUGACAAUUAUUAGUACAAAAAUAAACAGGUUGUUUAAAGUG